GUGGCGAGGACUGGUGAACUGCACAAGGUGCAAGAGACUCGUCUAGCCCUGCAACGAAAAAAAAAGAAAUUAAAAGGAGCAUUAAGAAAAACAAUGAGCGCUUUUGAUUAACAUCCAAAACCAACACAGGAUGAUGUUGACAUUACCGUUUGAGGAGCCAGUGAUGAUGGAGUCUCAGUUCAUGCCAAACUUUCCACGGGACUGCGGCGGAGACAUGAAGCUCGCCAAAGCUGACCUCUUCCAAAAGGACGACGGCAUCUCCCGGACCGACGUCGGUGGGCUGGAGGACGACGAUUCGGAACGGGACGACGACGAGCGUGACGAGGUUCAGGAAGAUGACAGCGACCUGCCCAGGAGGCGAGGGCCACGGAAAAAGAAGAUGACCAAAGCGCGUUUCGACAGGGUUAAACUGCGCCGCUUGGAGGCCAACGCCAGGGAGAGGAACAGGAUGCACGGCCUAAACAACGCGCUGGACAGCCUGCGGAAGGUGGUCCCCUGUUAUUCCAAAACACAGAAACUCUCCAAGAUUGAGACCUUACGUCUGGCCAAAAACUACAUCUGGGCUCUGUCUGAGAUUCUGAGCACCGGGAAGCGACCCGACCUCCUGACCUUCGUUCAGACGCUGUGCAAAGGGCUGUCGCAACCCACCACGAAUCUCGUCGCAGGCUGCCUCCAGCUCAACGCCAGGAAUUUCAUUACGGAGCACAACGGGGAGGCAUCCUUCUCUGGCAGGUCUCCCUACGAGUCCAUGUACCCACCGUACCACAGUCCCGACGUGGUGGCGGCCCCUGGCCACGGUGGCAGCACGGUGGACAGCGCGAAGCCCUUUCGGCCCUACAGUUACUGCAGUGCCUACGAAUCCUUCUACGAGAGCACCUCCCCUGAGUGUGCCAGUCCCCAAUUCGAUGGUCCACUGAGCCCUCCAAUUAACUUUAAUGGGAUUUUCUCCCUUAAGCAGGAAGAUCCGUCUGAUUAUGCCAAGAGCUGCCACUAUGGAAUGCGCUACUGCUCGGUGCCCGCUCGCGGUUCCUCCGGCCAGAGCGCGCUGUCGCGAGGCUCCUCCGAUAUCCAUUUCCCCUAUGACAUUCACCUCCGCGGCCAGUUUUACCCAGUGCAAGAUGAAUUAAACACGCCAUUUCAUAAUUAA